AUGUCCACUCCAAAUUCCACCGUGCGCCAGAGGCCCGGCAAAGAGAAGAAUAAGGGCUUGUCCAAUGGAGACACCGCUUCAGAUGAGGCUCUGAACAAGGCUUUCCUCCAGGCCAAACAGAGUCAGCCAAAUGAAUGGGAUUACAAGCUAGCCUUGGGCAUCAUUACUGUGCUCGCUGUCUUCACCCGCUUCUUUGGCAUCAGCCAUCCCGACGAGGUCGUUUUUGACGAGGUUCAUUUUGGAAAAUUCGCUUCCUACUAUCUCCAACGCACUUAUUUCUUCGACGUUCAUCCUCCCUUCGGAAAGCUCCUCUUCGCCUUCAUCGGUUGGGUGAUUGGAUACGAUGGCCAUUUCCUCUUUGACAACAUUGGAGAGUCAUACAUCGCCAACAACGUUCCCUAUGUCGCCUUCCGAUCCGUACCUGCAUUCCUCGGCGCUCUCACUGUCGUCGUGGUCUUCUUGAUCAUGUGGGAAUCAGGAUACUCCCUUCCAGCAUGCGUCCUGGCAGCUUCCCUCGUCCUCUUUGACAAUUCUCACGUUGGUCAGACACGCCUCAUUCUACUCGAUGCCACCUUGGUCUUCUUCAUGUCUCUCAGCAUUCUCUCCUACAUCAAGUUCUACAAGCAAAGGCAUACUCCAUUUGGUCGCAAAUGGUGGAAGUGGUUGUUGUUGACCGGCUUCUGUAUGAGCUGUGUCAUCUCCACAAAGUAUGUCGGUGCUUUCUCCUUCUUCACCAUCGGUUGUGCUGUUUUGAUCGAUCUUUGGGAUCUCCUCGAUGUCAAGCGCAAAGGUGGAGCUUUGGAUCUUUUCACCUUCGGCAAACACUUUGUCGCGCGAGCUGUGGGUCUCAUCGUCAUCCCCUUCUUUUUCUAUCUCUUCUGGUUCCAGGUCCAUUUCGCCAUUCUUACCAGAUCCGGUCCCGGUGACGACUUCAUGACUCCGGAGUUUCAAGAGACUCUGAGCGACAACCUCAUGCAUCAAGCAUCAAUUGACAUCCAGUACUAUGAUACCAUCGUCUUGCGACACAAGGAUACCAAAACAUUCCUCCACAGCCAUCCGGACAAGUAUCCUCUGAGAUAUGAUGAUGGUCGUAUUUCCAGUCAAGGUCAACAGGUUACUGGCUAUCCCUUCAAUGACACCAAUAACCAUUGGCAAAUUCUCCCGAAUACUCAGCACCCCGACGGUUCUCAUGUCGGCUCCCCUGUCAUGAAUGGUGAUGUGGUGAAGUUGAGACACAUAGUCACAGAUACCAUUCUUUUGACCCACGAUGUUGCAUCUCCGUAUCAUCCCACAAACCAGGAAUUCACCACUGUUCCUCUCGAUGCCGCGUCGGGAGAUCGUCAUAAUGAUACGUUGUUCGAGAUCAAGUUGGAGCAAGGGAAAAAGACCACUCCUUUCCGGUCCAAGUCGGGUCAAUUUAAACUCAUCCACUUUCCAUCCAAAGUCGCCAUGUGGACUCACACAACUCCUCUUCCCGAGUGGGCUUUCAAGCAAGCUGAAAUCAACGGCAACAAGAAUGCUGCACAAUCCAGCAAUAUCUGGUAUGUUGACGACAUUCCCAGUAUUCCGGAGGAUUCCCCACGACUUCUCAAAGAACAGAAGAAGGUCAAGCACCUACCUUUCUACAUCAAAUAUAUCGAACUUCAACGUGCCAUGUUUUAUCACAAUAACGCCCUGACCGCAAGUCACCCUUAUGCAACUCAACCCUACUCAUGGCCUUUCCUGCUUCGUGGUGUCAGUUUCUGGACUCAGGACAGUACCAAGCAGCAAAUUUAUUUCCUCGGUAAUCCCAUUGGUUAUUGGAUUUCUUCCGCCCUUCUGGCCGUAUUUGCUGGAAUCCUGGGUGCAGAUCAAUUGAGUCUGAGGCGUGGUGUUGAUGCACUAGAUCGACGAACUCGUUCUCGUCUGUAUAACAGUACCGGUUUCUUCUUCCUCUGCUGGGCUGCCCAUUAUUUCCCUUUCUACCUGAUGGGACGUCAAUUGUUCUUGCAUCAUUACCUACCAGCUCAUCUGGCUGCCUGUCUCGUGACCGGUGCUUUGGUGGAGUUCAUUUUCAAUGUCGACCCUGUUAUUGACGAUGACAUGGCAGCAACCAUCAAUGCCAAGAAAGACAAGGUUGUCAGCAAGGUCCCAGAGAAGGCGAGGCGAAGUUUCCAAACUGCUCAGGAACGUCUCAAGGGUCAAAGUCUGCUGACCACCUGGAUUGCGACGGGUGUUGUCAUAUUGGCAGCUUUGUACGGCUUCUACUUCUUUUUCCCUCUCACAUACGGGUGGCCAGGCUUGACCCCCGAUCAAGUAAAUGCUCGAAAAUGGCUUUUCUAUGACCUUCAUUUCGCGAAAUGA